CUGCCGUGUUUCUACAUUAAAACCCAGCCGUCAUCAGAGCAGGAUGCAUGGCAGUGCCAAGAGCACCGGGCACGGAGAGGGCAGCUCCGCACGAUCAACAAAGUUACAGAAGAACCCGAAGCAGGGUUACCGUAAACUGGGCGUGGCUAGUGGGUCAGGGGCAAAGUCAGCUGGGACAGGGUCAGGGGGUAAAACCUUGUCUAUGGAGAACAUCCAGUCCCUGAAUGCAGCCUACGCCACCUCCGGCCCCAUGUACCUGAGUGACCGCGAUGCCUUGGCCUCCUCCGGUGGCUACCCUAAAGGAACCAUGACUCUGGGCCGAGCCACCAGCAGGACUUCCUACACGGGCCGGGCCACAGCCAUGGGCAGCAGCCCCAACAUCACCACCACAUCAGAUGGCCAGGACUACGGGGACCAGAGCCACACCCAGCACCUCCAGACAGGGGGGCCCUCAGGGCUGCUGAGGCAGGCUGGACGGGGUGGAGGAGGAGGGGGAGAGGACAUCCAGGCUCAGCUUAGGGAGCUGCAGAGAGAGAAUGAACUGCUGAGGAGAGAGAUGGACGGAGGGAGGGAUGGGAGGGUGGGGAGGGAUGGGAGAGAAGGGAGGAUGAGCUCUUCUGUCAACAGUGGAAAGCACUUCUGGAGCCCGGAGGUGAAGAGUCGAGACAGAGGGAUGAGGAAAGAGGAGGGAGCCCUUACGUCCAUCCUGAAGGAACAGAAGUGGGCCUCUCCAGAGGAGGACCAGGUGAGAAUAACUGGGGGAGGGAGGGGGCUUGAUAAAGGCCCAUGAUGGUCUUAACAUGGGGACAUAGCAUCCGCACUGUCUGCCUGGAGGUUUCUGUGUAGAAAUGAAUAACUUAUCCCUAUGGGUUUCUGGGUGGUUUUUAGACGGAUAUAUAAAGACUAUGCUAGACAUGACACUCUCACUCUGUGUUACCAUGGGAACGUGCCCAACGGCUGGCAUUCUAGGUGGCAGCUAUAAAAAGUCAGUUAUCUGUGAAAUUAGAAUGAAUGGGGGAAGGGGUUCUAUAGACCGCUCUUGAGGUCUGUGUAAAAUCUGUCUGUCUUCUCUCACUUUCACCCCCUCUUUCCUUCUCCCUUUCACUCUGUCCUUAUCACAGAGGUUUGUUUUAUUUGGCUUAGCUACUUCUCUCUCACACAGCUGGGAAGCCUGCCCUGCAUCAAUGUUUACCUCUGUCUCACACUGUUACACUAACUGCCCAUAGAGAGUCCACUGGGCUUUUACAAUGACACACACACACACACACACACACACACACACACACACACACACACACACACACACACCACACACUCACAUACUGUUUUUACUCAUCUCACUCAGAUAAAGAACAGAGAAACAUUGACCCUUUUGUAUUUUCAUUCAUAGUGACUCUGAAUACAGCCCCAUUCUACAGACAGCUUCCUUAGUGGUUAUAAGCCUUGCUGCUUUGUUGAACUAAUCCUACCCACAAGAUUUUCAAUAUAUUCACUUACUGUACAUUAAUAAUAACUACUCUGAUGCCAUAGCUAGCAUAUACUGUACACCGUACCCUACACAUUCUCCUGAAGACAUGUCCUAACAUAACCUGAUAGGGGUGGGGGUCGGGGAGAGGGGUCAGGGGGAUUGAGGUUGAGACAGUGAGUUUUUUUCUACAACCUUCCUUUUUAUUAGUGUGGUUCUUUGUACAGUCCUUAGGGUGGAUGGAUACCACUAGGCAUGAUCCAAACAUCAUCAUUGUUUGUAUUCCGAACACAGCAGCUUGGCUAAUAAGGCAAAACAAAAACGUAGCGUGAAAUAAGUGCUCUGUGUUUAGAAGAUUAUGGUCUUGGGCUGAGGGUUGCUGGGUGUUUGUUUGCUAAUGGGGUCUAUUGGAGCAGUGUGUGUGCUGUGUGUAGGGAAAGGGGGAUACCUAGUCAGUUGUACAACUAAAUGCAUUCAACUGAAAUGUGUCUUCCGCAUUUAACCCAACCCCUCUGAAUCAGAGAGGUGUGGUGGGCUGCCUUAAUCGACAUCCACAUCAUCGGCGUCCGGGGAACAGUGGGUUAACUGCCUUCCUCAGGGGCAGAACUACAGAUUUUUACCUUGUCAGCUCGGGGAUUUGAUCCAGCAACCUUUCGGUUACUGGCCCAAAGCUCCUACCCAGCAGGUUACCUGUACAUGAUGACAGAUUACAUAGCUGUUCUUUAGCAGAAAUGAUAAAUAUCAGUAGACCGGAAUAUUGGUGAUAUUGAGGUUUUGGUGUUCUGCAGUCAGUACAAUCCUCUUUAACAAACACACACUGUAGGAUCAAUACACUCUAAUUGAGGAGGCCAGACCGCGGUUGCACCCUUUAUUGAUUCCUCUCUAAACUUGUACCACACUUACCUCGCCCCUCUGAUUUAACUUUUAGUUUCUAGUAAUAUCUUAUCGUCACGACUGAAGCCACUAUUAUCGAUUGUCUGCCAACGUUUCUCUGCCCUCUCCCUCUCUCAUCCCCUUCCUCCCUCCUCUCUUUUACCCCUUCCUUUCUCUCCUCUCCUUCUCUCCAUUCGUGUUACUUCUCCCCCCUCUCUGUAUUCUCCUUCCCUACUUCCCUCCUCUCUGGAGACAGUCAGAGGGAGUCCGGUUGUGAGACAGGGAAAUAUUAGCAUUAAAAAGGUCACCUUUUCCUUCAUUCAAUUGACAACAAGACUUGUUUUUCACCUUAUGUUUGUCUAUGUGUAUGAUUGUGUGAAUGUGUGCGUCUUGUGUGUGUGUGUUGGUGUGUGUGUGUACUCUGUGUGUGGGUUGGUUCUGCUCAAGUAUUCAGUGUCAACUUUACGUUCUAACAUCUCCUACUACACCCCAUCGCUGUGUGUGUCUGUGUUGUUGGUGUUCCUCGUUCUAUGAUGGGAGGAAUGUUCCAACUGACGGCGUUCAGGGAGUUUGAGCUUCCUGCAUAGCUGAAAGUAUUUAUUUUGUUCAUUCUUGUAGGCUUUGUAUUUGAUAGUUUUUUAUUUGCUUUUGUAUUUGUGUGAAAACUGUGUUUUCGGGUCUGUAACAAGUAGCUGUUGUUGCCAUGGCUUCUAGCGAGCCUGUACUUCUCUGUUUUUCACCAGUAAAGCUAAGAUGUGACAGUUUGAACUCAGUAAAGCUAAGAUGUGACAGUUUGAACUCAGUAAAGCUAAGGGUUGUUAAGUUCAACUGACCCUUGUGGCUACAGAGCCAUCAUCCUUCCUGUUAGUGGUGUCACCCUGUCUGGCCCUGUGUUCUGUCUUUAUGAGUGGAAGUGUCGCCAUCUACUGGAGUGUGUUAACAUUGCAUUUAUGUGUGAAUAAUGACAGAGAUUAAAUCCACUCUAACAUGCUAUAGUAGAGCAUUCAAGAUAUGCAGAUGCUUACCUUUUGAUUAUAAAUGUAAUGAUUGUAUACUUUAGCUAAAAGUGCUUAAUUUAGCCCGCAGGGAGCAAGUCUGUUCUGUUUGAUUUUGCUUUUACUUUUUAAAACAUAGUUUAUUUUGUUUAUUUUUUAUUUUUAACUUCACCAUAUCAUGCUGCAGGUUUGGGAACCUAGAAGAAACAAGGUGUGUCCUGAGUUUGCCCCUAUCCUUUUGUGUUCAGCCAUGUGUGUGUGUCAUUGUCCUCCUUGUGUGUCUGCGUCUUCCCUGUGUGUCUCUUCUUUUUAAUGGCUCACCUCUCUCUCUCUCUCUCUCUCUCUCUCUCUCUCUCUCUCUCUCUCUCUCAGCACCUCCAGUUGUCAGUGCAUGGGCUACAGGAAGAGCUGAGAAGCCAUAGAGAGAUGAACAGUCGUCUGCAGCAAGAGAACUCGGGGUCUCACACAAACAUCUCCACUCACACCGGCUCGAACCGAGACCUCCAUAUCGAGGACCACCGGGCAGGCAUCAGCCCUGGACACAGCCCUGGUCUGGGCCCCAGUCACCUCCACAGCCCUGGGCAAAGACACAGCCUUGGCCCUGGCCUAGGAGCCAGCCCCAGACACAGCCCCAAUAACACCUACAACCCUGGGUCCAGAAACAGCCCUGUCCAUCCCCACAGCCCUGGAUAUAACUCUGGGCCUGGCCCCAGACACAGCCCUGGAUAUAACUCUGGGCCUGGCCCCAGACACAGCCCUGCUAACACCCUCAUCCUCGGGCCUAGAAACAGCCCCAGCCACCUCAUCCACAGCCCUGGCCGUUGCCUCAGCCCUCCCAGCAGCCCCUGCAUGGUCCCUGGGUGCGAUGGCUUCUCCUCUCCCCCUCCCCUGGAUCUGACGGAGGAGAACUUCAUCCGGCUGCAGUCGGAUCACGAGCGUCAGGGCAAGGAGCUGUACCUGCUGAGGAAGACCCUGGAAGAGAUGGAGCUGAGGAUUGACUCCCAGAAACAGACGCUGGGGGCCAGGGACCAGUCCAUCCAGAGGCUGCUGGAGAUGAUCCAGGGAGGAGGGAGGGGCCAGAGAGGCGAGAGGUCAGAGAUAAUCACCAUGGCAACGGCACGUGAGGAGGCAGAGUCCCAGCUG